AUGGAUCCAGAAAACCCCAAUGCAAAUAGUACCAAACGAAAUUCGAUACACCAAGCAUUAUAUAGUCGCCCCGUGGAGCGACGAUCGAGCAAGAAGUCAUCAUCUAGGGACCGCCACGGCAUGGUCUAUCCAGACAGCUUUCGAGACACCGGCAUUCGUACUGUGACCCCGGAGUCACACUCCCCUUUAUCCGAAAGCGAACAUUUUACACAAAGCGCGCCUUCCCCCCGAACUACCAUGCGAUCGCGAACCGUCGAACGAACCGAACCGGAAGCGCCGACGGAGGGACGGACCGUGCGGACGCGAUCACGAACCACAACGAUGGAGGAGCAACGGAGCGAUAUAGCAUCCAAUACUGUGAAGUCUCGCGCAAGGAUUGGUUCGGUCAAUGCCGCCAGCUCAUCCCAGCCCAAGACGGCCGAAGGUAAAACCUCCGAGGAUUCCUCAUCUUCCAUUGGAUUUCCAUCGAUACAAUCUCCCAACUAUAUUGGUCAAGCAGUUACGCGCCAGCGAAAAUCCCCUGGGAGUAGCCGAUCCCCAACAGUCGCACACAAUCAAUUCGCCUCACCCCUUUCAAACACCGAUGCUGCCAAAAUACUCCAAUUGAUGAAGACCACCUGCGGAAGGAUGCAUGGAAUUCUUUCUUUCCGAACGUCUUCCAACUCCUCCUGGGGGUCCAGCCCCUGGACAUCUGGAUACUGUGCAAUCAAUGUCGCUACUGGAAGUCUCAUAUACCAGGCAAAAGGAGAACCUGCCCUGGCAAAGACCCUCAUCCCUGAUCUCCGCGGCUGCCGGGUACGGACAUUGUUUGACUCAGAGCUUCAGACAACCUACCUGAGCGUUCAUACAUUCACCUCUGGGCUAGGGAUCCAGCUACGACCUCAUGUCAACGAAACAUUCGACUCUUGGCUCGCAGCUUUAUUGUGUUGGCAACCCAUACGUCCCAAGGGCGUCCAGAAUAAAAUGACCAAACCUCAAUCCGUUAUGAUUGGAGACCGACGAAUUCCUGAACGCCGAAGAAAUUCAGAAACCGCGUCCCAAAAAGAUGCCGCCAUCAUCAAAGUUGGUAAGAUGCUUCUUUGGGACAAACCAUCGGCGGCUGGAGUGCGACCGGCAUCGGCGGCACGCCGAGUUUCCACAUACAGACAGUCAAGAGCCCUUUCUUCCUCCUGGCAGCGAGUGAGCUGUAGACUGUUAGAAAACGGCUUUUUCAAGCUCUAUACUGAGUCCGAUGUUGCUCUUGUGGCAUGCAUUCAACUUUCUCAAUUAUCGCGCUGCGCCAUUCAACAAUUGGAUUCCUCGGUGCUGGACGACGAGUUCUGCAUCGCUAUUUACCCGCAAUACACAGCACACCCCGUUCCUGACGCAGCGAUGCGUCCCAUCUAUCUCGCUCUGGAAACCCGCGUCCUUUUCGAGGUUUGGUUCGUUCUGCUGCGUGCAUUCACCAUCCCAGAGCUCUAUGGUCCUCAACUGCAAGCUGCGGUGGAAGAUCCGAAUAAAACCCCUGAAGCCGAUACUUCCCCCACUAAGGGCAUGUUCCGAAUCGAGAGAAUCUUGCACUUGCGAGUUACGGAAGCGAAGCUUUUUCGUACCAAGGAGGAGGAAACACCGCGGAGUCGAAAACAAUCCAGAUCGCAUGGUUACUCCGCUCCGGCCUCGCCCAAGGUUAGCGACUUUUAUACCGAGGUUCUUUUGGACGGAGAAAUUCGCGCGAAGACUGCUGUCAAAUACCGGACCACAAAUCCAUUUUGGCGAGAAGAUUUCACUUUUAAUGAUUUACCUCCAGUCCUGUCGCAGGCUUCUAUAUUGGUCAAAACCCUCAACGCACAGAGGGAUUGGACGCUCAUCGCGCAAGGGACAUACUCGUCCACCCAAGAAGUCAACGCAGUCAACAUGCUUGAUGAAAUUGAGAUCUCUACUAAUGACGCGGUAUUUGGACGGGUAGAUUUGCGGUUAGACGAACUGGACUCAGGUGUGGACUCAGAAAAGUGGUGGCCCAUUCUGGAUGACCAUGACCAAGCAGUUGGUGAAAUGUUCAUGAGAGCUCGGAUGGAGGAAACGGUAGUCUUGAUGUCCGAGGAAUACCGCCCGAUGAUGGAGCUCCUCCACAAAUUCACCAAUGGUCUCACAAUCAACAUGGGCCAAGUUAUGUCGUCCGAAUUGACACAGCUGGCUGAGAUGCUUCUGAAUAUCUAUCAGGUCUCUGGGUCUACGGUAGACUGGAUCUCGGCGCUCGUCGAGGAUGAGAUCGAUGGUCUCCACAAAGAAUCUACCACUAGUCACCUGCGGUACACGACAAGGAUUCAUUCGAAUGACACCCGGGAAUCUUCUGGUCACGACCGUAACGUCCUAGUCAGAGAUAUGGGAAGGACAGCAACUGUAGAAGCCAAUCUCCUAUUUCGUGGCAAUUCACUCUUGACCAAAGCACUCGAUCAGCACAUGCGUCGAUUGGGUAAAGAGUAUCUGGAAGAAACGAUUGGAGAACGCUUGCGUGAAAUCGACGAGAGUGAUCCCGAGUGUGAAGUGGACCCAGCCCGAGUACCGCGUGCCGAAGACCUUGAUCGCAACUGGCGGAACCUGAUCAAUCUCACCACCAUGGUUUGGAAGUCCAUUGCAAUCUCAUGGUCCCGGUGUCCUGCUGAGCUCAGGCGUAUCUUUCGACACGUCAGAGCAUGCGCUGAGGACCGCUAUGGCGACUUCUUACGCUCUGUGACUUACAGUAGUGUCUCUGGCUUCCUCUUCUUGAGAUUCUUUUGCCCGGCCAUCCUCAACCCCAAGCUCUUCGGGCUUUUGAAAGAUCAUCCCCGUCCUCGAGCCCAGCGCACUCUGACCCUCAUCGCCAAGGCCCUUCAGGGCCUAGCCAACAUGACAACAUUCGGCAACAAAGAACCAUGGAUGGAGCCUAUGAACAAAUUCCUGGUCGGCAACCGUGCAGAAUUCAAACAAUUCGUCGAUCUUAUCUGCGAUAUCCCGUCCAAUGCGACGGCUCCUGUUCCUACCCCCUCUUAUACCACCCCAUUACAAAUUCUUGGACGGCUGCCACUUACCUCGCGCGAGGGAUUCCCUAGUCUUCCAUUCUUGGUCGACCAAUCCCGGUGUUUCGCAAACUUGAUUCAUAUUUGGCUGGAAGUUGUCCCGGAGCGACUCUCUGAACUGGAAGAGAUUGAUCCGUUCCUUUCCAAGUUUCAUGAAUUGGCACUUCACCUGCAAGAGCGCACCGAGGAUUGCUUGGACGAAGCUGAGCAAGCUGAACGCCCAAAUGAUACGCUUCAGAUCAAGUGGGAGGAGUUGGUGGAUUCCAUGGAGCGGGCUGUGACCUUUUAUGAUGAGAGUCCAAGCAAACCAUCUACUCCAGCUCCAGAGUCUGCUACUGCUCCUGCUGCCCCAGGGUCUGCUGCCUCGGCAACUCCAGGUCAUCGAGGUUCCAUUGGCUUCUUUGCACCUCGGCCACCCCUACCCCGUCGAUCAACCGAUUGUGGACCAGAGGAGGAUGACACCCCACCCAGCUCUUCCUCUGCCACUUGGGAUCAGUCCCGCAUGCCCUUCACGAUACCCCGAUGGUCUGAUGCUCGUGAUAGCACUGGCAGCUCCAAGAAUUCCUCUACCUACUCCCUCGACCAUUCUGAGACUUCCAAGGCUCGCAGGUCCAGUGUUACCAAGGAGAGCUCCAGCAAAUAUCGCUUCUUCGAUUUUGUUCCCGCUCCCUCCCGCCGCAAGGCCAAGGAACGUGAUCAAUCCGGUCACCACUCCCACGAAGAUCUCCGGAACGAAAUCUGA